AUGGAUCCCAACAGCAUAGUCUUUACCUCAUUCACCGUCCGUGACAUCCGAUGGCCGACAUCAUUGGACAACAUCGGGACAGAUCCCAUGAACUUGGCGGGUGAGAAUUCAUUUGGCUAUCUCCAGUACACCACGAGUGUAGAUGGAUUGGUGGGGACGGGCUGGUCAUUUGCCAACGGUCAGGGCAACGACGUUCUAUGUACAGCCAUCAAGUCGCUGGCACCCCGACUUAUUGGUCGAACCCUUGGUUCCUUGAUCAAGAACAUGGGCGUAACGCAGCGCAAGCUCCAGUCUGGCCAGAUCAGAUUCAUGUCCCCUGAGCGGGGCGUCUUGCAACUCGCGACCUGUGCCGUCCUCAACGCGGUGUGGGAUCUCUGGGCCAAGGCUGAGAAGAAGCCUCUGUGGAGGCUGGUGGCUGACUUCACCCCCGAAGAGUUCGUUAGGGUUAUUGAUUUCAGGUAUCUCUCUGAUGUCUUGACGCCCGAGCAGGCUCUUGAAAUGCUUCGGGAGCAGGAGAAGACCAAACAAGAUAGAUUGAAAGAGGCAUUGGCGAAUGAUGCGGUCCCAGCAUAUAAUACAUCUGCUGGGUGGCUUGGACACUCUGACGACAAGGUCCGGGAGCUCCUCGUAGAUGCCGUGAAGCAAGGAUUCCGCCACUUCAAGCUCAAGGCUGGACUGGGCCUGGAGACAGACCGCAAGCGCCUUGGAUUUGUCCGCGAGGUUGUUGGAAAGGAAGGCAUUCUCAUGGUUGAUGUAAAUCAAAUCUGGGAUGUUGACGAGGCAAUCGAGUAUAUGAAGCAAUUAUCGGACAUUGGAAUCUGGUUUAUUGAAGAGCCUACGUCUCCUGAUGACAUCCUUGGCCAUGCGAAGAUUCGAGCCGCGCUUAAGCCUUAUGGAAUGGGUGUCGCUACGGGCGAGCACGUGAACAACCGGGUCAUGUUCAAGCAGCUCCUCCAAGCAAAGGCCAUCGAUGCCGUGCAGCUUGAUGCUCUGAGACUUGCUUCAGUCAAUGAAAUUCUGGCGGUUCUUCUUAUGAGCGCCAAGUUUGGCGUGCCUGUUGUUCCUCAUUCCGGAGGCGCGGGAAUGGUUGAAUUAUGUUCUCACAUCAGCACCAUCGACUAUGUCGUUGUAUCUGGGAAGAAGAGCAUCCUGGAGUAUACUGAUCAUUUGCAUGAGGUGUUUGAAGCUCCUGCAGCAGUGACUAAGAAUGGUACGCACGUAACGCCAACAGUCCCGGGCUAUUCAUGUGACGUGAAGGAGGCCCAAUUUGCCGAGUUUGAGUGUCCAAAUGGAACGUUUUGGAAGUCAGAGAUGGGGCAGAAGAUGGUCAAUGACCCCUGGCGAGGAACUCUAGGGGAACAAACUUCGUAA